AUGGCUGACUUUGGAGUGCCGUGUUCAGAGGCCACGCUGGCGAGCAUUGCAGUCAUUGUGGAGAAUCCGAGUGACUGGAAUAACCUGGAACGAAUUCGCAGAGCCUGCGCUGUUUUCAAUAUCAUCGACAUUCGAUUGGUCCAAGAUACGACCAAGCCCCAGGAUCCACGAUGUCGAAAGUGUUUGAAUCUUGACGAUCGGCCUGAAAUUGGUGGAGCCUGCCGCCUGAUUCCGAGCACAUCGAAAUGCCUUGAUGAGUUGGCUGCUCACGGCUACAUGUCCGUGGCAACAGCACUAGAUGAAUCCAGCGCUAACCUUUAUGACUUCGACUUCGGGAAGGACAACAAGAUUGCUUUGUGGUUUGGGCAGGAGAAGCACGGUCUUACGGACGAAGCACUCUGUGCAGCCGCAUCGAAGAUUUUCAUUCCAAUGUCUGGAAUGGUGCAAAGCCUCAACGUGGCAGCAUCUUCUUCGAUCAUCCUCGCAGAAGUCGCAAGGCAGAGGCUCUUUGACUGCCGAAGCUUACCGAAGUCGGCUACAUGUAACAUCUCGGCUCAUCCUGAAGAGCCAGAGCCAGUGAGUGGUGAUAAUCUGGCAUCAGCUGCUUCCAGCGCUCGCAUGGAGAAAUUUCUUUCCAUCGCCCGCCAGCGACAGCGAGGUUUGAUCGUGGUUCUGGAAGAUCCGGACAGGCUGGAUGCGGCAGCGAUUCUUCGAGGCUGUGAUGCUUUUGGAGUUUCGGAGGUUCACUUUAUUUUCGAGGCGACGAAGGCCUUCGAUCCUCUUGCAAACCGGCAGGUGAUGAAGUCCGAAGGAUCCAAUCUCUGGGUCUGCAGUCGGAUCUUCGAAUCUGUUAUGGACUGCCGCCAACAUCUUGACCAACGAGGCUUCACCAGAGUCGGCAUUGCGCAGACACAGAAUGAUUCGGGAGUGUCUUUCUUUAGUGCGCCAUGCUUUUGCGACGAGAAGCUGGCGCUUUGGCUGAGCUGUAACAGCUCCUAUGUUAAUGCUGAACUUGUAAGCAGUUCCGUACAUGUCCCGUCCGCUGCCAAAGUCGCAGGGCUGGCCAUUUCAAACUUGAUGGCAGUAAUGCUAGCUGAAGUUACUCGUUGUCGCAAGACCACAUACCCGCAAGGGUACUGGUCGCUAGGUAGCCAAGAGCAACGAGCUUAUGUCCAUUGGUGCCUUGCAGUUCACGCCAAGCGUCAUCCGACACUGGAGCAGGCCUCGCAAGAGGCCUCAGCCAGUCCCGAGUACGAGCGCUUAGAAUUGCUUUGUAAACUUACAUAUUGGGCCGGGUCACUGCGCAUGUUUAAGAAGCUGGUGGCCGCAGUCGCCUACUCGAAGAUCGUUCACUCUGUUAAGCCUCCUUCACCCUUUUCUGGAGGGUCGAACCCAGUUCCAGCCAUGACAGACUACUACAGGCAUGACGGUGUGCGAAUUACGCAUGAUCCCUAUGCGCCUGGAAUGGCAGAAAAGUAUGGCAUGCCGGGCAAGACGGACAACGAGGGGUUCGAUCCAUACGCAGACACUGUCGGUCCAGGCAUCUACGGCGGUAUUGUCAAGCGGGAUGAAUCUGGCAGCGUUGUCAUUGGCAGGCAGUACCAGAACCACAACCCACGGCCUGGUCCAGUCUAUGCCGGAGGAGGCUACACACCGAUCAAUGAGGCGCUGAGAAAGGGACCUCCUGCACUCAAACCGCUGCUUGACAAGUAUCCGGAUUUGGCAAACGACAUCUCCACAGGAGGUGCGACGCCACUGCACAUGUGCGGCAUGGGUCGGGACAAUCAGCACGCCACGGAGUACCUGAUCAGGCGUGGUGCCAAGAUAGAAGCUUUGGACACCUACGGAAUGACUCCGCUGCACCGCAUGGCCUCCAACAACCUUCCAGUGGGGGCCAAGGCCCUGCUGGAGGCGGGCGCCGAUCCGCAGAACACGGGCCAGGUGCGGGCCAGCCCAAUGGAGAUCGCGCAGGAUUCACGGGCGAAGGAGGUCAUGUCGGUUUUGGCGGAGUAUCUUCGCAAACCACGUCCUGUCCUGUCACAGCUUCGCGUGUCGAGCUCUGGCUCACAAAAUGUGAACGUUGUUUACACGCAGAGGGAUGCCAAGGUUAUCCCAGUGGGGUUCAGUUUGACAUGCGCCGAACAGCGCUGGGAUGCUGAGAAGAUGUGGCUCCAGCUGAGUGAUCAAAAGACUCCGUGGUAUGAGGCCGACAAUGGUGCGUAUAUCUAUUGGAACCGUGGUGAUGGCCAAUGGUGGAUUGAUGCUCCGGAUGGCAAGGGUGUGUAUAUAGCGAAGGCCUCCGCUGAGAAAGUUCCCUCCGACGGUUGGAGAGCUCUGCCCGGGGUGGCAGGACCCCUUCCCUCCGUCGACUUUCUCGCAGGACCAUCGAAUGAACUCUAG